GGAGCCACCCAGUUCCCACAAAGUCGGACAUUUAGCUGCCACAGCAGGCAUGACCUGGCGCUCAUGCCCUUGAGGGGCCAGCCGAGAGGCGGCAGAAUGGAGAUCUGGAAAGGGCACGGCCGUCCAGGUUGACUUCAGCCUGCUAUGGGGAUUGAACAUCAUUCCCUUCUCCAGAAAGCAAGGUGUUUUCAUCGUUUUUCUUUCCACCCCCUUCCCUGGAUGUCUAAGGCCAAGCGUUCUUCUCUCUUCUCCAGCUCAGAGGCUGAGAAUGGUGUGGAGGAGAAAAAGAAGAUCUGUAAGUCGCCAGCAAUCCAGUCCCCAACCCCGUCCAGCGAGGCCGAGUCCCCAGACCAGAAGAGAAUCCUUUCCUUGUGGUCAAAAUCCAGUUUUGAUGGUGCCUCUUUAGCAAGUGAUAAGAAUGACUGUAAAACAGAAAGCAAAAAUGAAUCUAAGAUGGACAGGAAAAAGUAUUCGUCUUCCAGCCAGUACAAGGCGAAUAUGCACUUCCACAAGUUGUUCCUUGAUGUCCCAACUGAGGAACCACUGAGGCAAAGUUUUACCUGUGCUCUCCAGAAAGAGAUACUAUACCAGGGGAAGCUCUUUGUAUCAGAAAACUGGAUUUGUUUCCAUUCCAAGGUCUUUGGAAAAGACACUAAGAUCUCUAUUCCGGCAUUCUCAGUCACCCUAAUAAAGAAAACCAAAACUGCCCUCCUGGUGCCAAAUGCCCUGAUUAUAGCAACAGUCACAGACCGGUACAUAUUUGUCUCCCUACUCUCCAGAGAUUCUACUUACAAGCUACUAAAAUCUGUGUGUGGACACUUAGAAAACACGAGCGUCGGGAACAGUCCCAACCCGUCUUCUCUUGAAAACAGUUUCCGGGCAGACCGCCCUUCAUCUCUGCCUCUGGUGAGUUGCCUCCGUAACUAUCUAAAUCCAACAGAAAGGGCAUGUGUCCCACAAUGACACUUCUCCUUACACCAGGAUCAGGGGAUGGAAGGAGUGUAGACCUUAAUAUCUGAGGGAAAAUGUGAAGACACAGGGCAUUUCUGUGCUGAAGUAAAGGGGGGCCAUAGGAGGCUAUAAACUUUUUUCAAGUAACUAAAGAGCCAUCCUACGAAGGAAACAGGAUAAUGGACUGUCUGGGCGAGUGAGUGGUCGGUGGAGGUGUUUGUAAAAUCUUGCGGUCUUUGCUUGUCAGUGUUGUUUUAGAGGGAUUCACCAGUCUCUUAGGGUAGGG